AUGGCCGCGCCAGACCCGCCGCCGCGGCCAGGGAAACCCCCGCUGCCGUGGCGCGCGCGGCUGCUUGUGGGCGCCGCGUCCGCGCUGCACGCCGCCUCGCUCCGCCGAGAUGGCACCGUCAACCGCUUCCUGCUCUCCCUCUUCGACCGCGCCGCGCCGCCCACCCCGACGGCCCCCUUCGGCGGCGUGGCAUCCACGGACCACGCCAUCACCGACCACCUGCGCGCCCGCCUCUUCGUCCCGGAGAUCCCCUGCGGCGGCGGCAAAGGGCUCCCGGUGGUCGUGUACUUCCACGGCGGCGGCUUCGUCUUCCACUCCGCGGCGUCGGCGCAGAUCGACAAGCUGUGCCGCCGCCUGGCGUCGGCCAUCCCAGCCGUCAUCGCCUCCGUCGACUACCGCCUCGCGCCCGAGCACCGCUUCCCGGCACCCUACGACGACGGCGAGGCGGCCCUCCGGUGGGUCCUCGCCGGCGCGGGCGGCGCGCUGCCGUCUCCCGCCGCCGUCUUCGUGGCCGGGGACAGCGCAGGCGGCAACGUCGCCCACCACGUCGCCGCGCGCCUCCCCGACGCCGUCGCGGGCCUGGUCGCCGUGCAGCCCUUCUUCGGCGGCGAGGCGCCGACGGAGUCGGAGCUGCGGCUCUCCGCGACGCCCCGUUCGGGAGCCCCGAGCGGCUGGCGCGACGCGGGCGCGGACCGGUGGCGGGCGUUCCCGCCCACGCUGGUGUGCGUCGGUGGGUGGGACGUGCACCAGGACAGGCAGAGGGCGUACGCGGACGCGCUCCGUGCCGCGGGCGCCGAGGAGGUCACCGUGGCGGAGUACCCGGACGCCAUCCACGCGUUCUACAUUUUGGACGACCUCGCGAACAGCAAGAAAUUUGUGGGCGACGUCGCGGAGUUCGUGAACCGGCACGCACAGCAGCGGAAGAAACGCGCGCUAGACCAUGCGAAGGACUAG